UGUAUGUAAAAGACUAAGAAAACUACCAAGUGGACAGAAUGGUUUCUAUGUGUCCAUUGGUUUUCCAAAAAAGAAAAAAAAAAAAAGAAAAUUUUUUGAAAAUUUUUAAACAAAGAAUACACCACACGGAAGGUGUGUGUGGUAGGAUAGUUCCCAUCCCCCACCUGUCUCCCCCCCCAAGCCAGUUUUUUAAAACAAACCAAAUAACCACAUACUUUUUGCUGUGUAUUAUGAAAAUGUGAACACGUUUUAAGGAAAAAAAGAAAAACAAAACUAAACCAAAAAAAAAAAAACGACAACAAAAACUUGUAUCUGUUCAAAGCGAAUACAAGCCUGCCACCUGGAGGAGGGCUACAUCCUUUCAGGUACCAAGUGCUGAUUCACUAUGAAACCUAUUAACCAAAGUCAGAAACAAGGCAUUGCAAACGCGCGAUCGUUGUCUACUCUUCUCUGCGUGUAAAGUUGUGUUAACGGAUUUUUACAUUUGUACUAACAGAAAAGUAGGAAGCCUGAUUUCUCCCAUCUUUCCCAUUUAUUGUCUCCACCAACGGGGUGGGUACCAUUGUUGAAGCCAUUCUGUGAGGCUCACUAUCGGUUUGUUUUUCGGGAGGGGAGGUAGGGACUUUUUUUUUUCUGGGUGUUUUUAUGUUCCUUUGUUUGUUUGUUUAAGGGGGGCAUCCUGGAUCGUGUGCCAAAGCAUUUGUUGCUUUCUUCUCACUAUGACUUGUGGGUUUGAGAAAAGAAAAUGGAGCUCGCAUUUCCCUUUCUUCCUCCAUUUCUCCAUCUCCAAGGUCUCUGGGGGUCUGCUGGAAGGCCCCAGAAGUGGGGAAGAACCGUGUCUUUUCCACUGAGAUCCUACUGAAAUGUAGGAGAGACUCCAGAAUAACUAGGGCUUUGCUCGAUGAACUGUCAACACUGGCAUAAGCUGUAAUUGUGCUCACUGUCCACACCAGAGCUUGGGAUUUUUCUCAGUCUGUUGGCCACGUAUAUGGAGAGCUGACCAAAACUAAUUUUGUAAUAUAAACAUAAGCUGCACAUUUGGUUCAAUACUUACAUCUAUGUUAUGCUUCUGUGCAAAGCAAUUUCUCUCAGAAGUCUGAUAGCCAAAGAAAUGUCUCAAGGUUUCAGUCAAAGUACACACAGGCAUGAACACACCCCUAUGCACCCACACAAAGAAACAGGCCACAAAGAAAGUGAUAGCGACCAAAUCUUUGUUAAGGGCCAUCGGGUAUCUGGUUAAUCUCAUCUUCUCUGCUAUCUCUUUCAUCAAGUCUGUGAUGGCAGACUUGUGGGGGGAAGCGACUGUUCUUUGGAUAGAUAAACAGAGCAGAAAAGUAACAGGUGAAUUUGAACAAUUGGAUUGGGGGCUGACUCUUGAGGAGGAAGGAAGUUUUAAGUGUCUCCAUCAAAAGAAAAAUAUAGAGAAGUAGCUCAUAUGACACAUCAGAAUAGCUUUCACUAUUAGAACUAGAGGAUUAGUUCAUUUUUAAAAAUAACUUGCUCAAGAGAUUCUGAGGGCCAUGAUACCCUAAGAAGCCCAAAGAAUGUGCUGAGAAGUGAGGAGGGCUAUGCAGCUGAACACUUGGAACCUGCAACUAAUAUUUGCGCCAAGGUGUAUGUAGGUGUUCUGUCAAAGAAGCACACAAAAGAGAACUGUGAAUUUGCCUGCAGUCAAAAUGUAAAUAUUUAUGAGUGACUCAUUAAUAAUCAUGUUCAUGUACUAUCUAGAGGUAAAUUGUGGGAGGGAAAAAGAGAAACCCCACCUCAAAUUGACCAAUGAAUUAGAAACACCAUCUCCUUCCUCAAAUGCACUCCCUUCCCCUAGGGGUUUCUAGUUUCUUCCGUGGGCUCCUUUAUUGUCAUGUAACUGGGACAGUAUAAUUGUCCCCCUCAGAUGAUUCAUGCAGCAGUCAGAAAACUACCAACAAAGAGAAAAAAAUCCUGAAAUUGGAACUAGUUGCUAGUAAAGGUGUUUCCAUUUCACCAGUCUGAUGCUAAUUGGACCACAACUAGCCUGUUCCAUGCCAACAACAUCAUGGUACCCAUUUCACCACCUCAAAAACUGCACAAAUACCAACAACACAGAAACCCAAAACUUUAUUGAUUAAAACAGAUUUUGUAUUCUCCUAGGACCUGUUCCAAAUUCCAUCAAGAAAAGCUCCCCAAGAAGAGAAGUUAACAAGAUAACAUAUGACGGAUGUUAAAUGUUUAAAAAUAUGCCGGCAGCAGUUACAUAAGGCCUGCUCAGUUCUGAGAUCUAUAAUUGGGAGGGUAUAACUAGGACAGUGAAAAUAUAAAAUAACAGUGAUCAUCCGGAGUAGAACAAAGAAGAAAUACAUUCAUCCCACAGUCGUAAAACCAUUCAUGUGCAGUGAUUUUUUUUAUAGUUUUAUAAUUUUGUAUUGUUUUAUAAAUUAUUUAUAAGGUGUUGUAAUGCUUCUUAUAUUAAUUUUUUACAGAUAAAUUUUUUGCUACAAGGCAUAAAAAAAGGUGCCUGAACAGAUUCUUAGAAAUAUAAAUUAUACUGUGUAACUCAUAAGUCUUCGGGACCAUACUUAUUGUUUAAUUUUAUUAUGACAUUUCUUAUUUCCACUUGUAAACAACUUCAUACACCAAUAACAUUUAAAUGUCUUUUAUGUUUCCAUGAACUGAAGGUUAAGGUUGUCACCAACAAAAAAAAAAUAAAAGCCACUUUGGGCAUAUGUGAUUGUACUUCAAGCUUCAAUAUUUUUCUCACAUAUGUUUAAAUUAUUGUCAUCUUCAUUUUCUUCAUUAUUUGAUGAAAAAAAUGACAAUGGAUACUAUAUUUUAUACUUGUUUGUGGGGUUUUUUUUUCUCUUUCACCCAAAAAAAAAUUUUUUUUUUGAACAGCUGAAGUUUCACUUGUAUUUACAAGGUUUUGGUUUCUUUGUGUUAUAAUCACACAGUACACACACAACACACACAACACAACACAAAAGAGAGAACAAAAAAAAAGCAAAAGGAGCUAGGAAAAAAAACAAAACAAAACAAAACAAGUAGAGGCAUAUCAAAGAACUCAAGCUAUAACCAAAAAGAAAUCGUAAAUUGCCUUUGCUCGUCUUCUCUACGCUGGACCAAAGUUCAAUAUUUGUAGGUAUAUGCACAUUGUAUAGAUACGGCUAAAUGUUGCUGACAAUCUCGCAAUACUAAACUGUUCCUAUUUUAAGAAAAAAAAAUACAAACUGUUCAUCAAUGUUUUACCUCAGCACUCUACUUGUACCCAGUUAAUGAUCAAGCUUAACAAAAAAAUGGAGAAAAAGAAAAUUGAUUUUCAUUUUCAUGUUUGACUGUAAAAAUCUGUUUGGAUAACAUUUUGUAAUGAGCUUUUUGUCAUGUGAUUUGCUCGUCUUCAACUUGAAAUUAUGUGAGGCACAUAUGUUUAUUUGUUAUUAAGAAAAUGAUUUUUUUUCUUUUUUUUUUUUUUUUUUUCCUUUUUUUUGUCCUAUGUGCUGUGAUCUAGACUGGUCACCAGGGUCACUUAUGAGGCACCGCAAAGAGAUCUGCUUCUCCAUGCCUGGAGCAGGCAGCAGGAGGGAGGGCAGGGAAACAGACUGGGUUGUUCUGGGAAAAUCAUCAUGACGAGAACUUGACAUGAUAGACUUGUGACCAAGAAGCCAAACUGGAUAUUUAAAAGCUCCUUACUUGCUCUGACAUUGAAACCAAAGCUGAUUUAUCUGCACAGGUUGCUUAAUGUUUAAAAAAAAAAAAAAAACUGUACUUAAUCUAGAGCAAUAUCUGUAUGGUCGGUAAAGCUGCACUUUGUGUAUUUCUUAACAGCUUCAGAUCUGUCACUUUUAAUUUGUACCAUAAAAAAUAAAGAAUUGUUUGACAUGA